GCCGCGACGCGAAAAACUACACUCCCCACAACGCCUUGCGCCUCCCGCUCGCUGCGGUUGAUUAGGGCCAAUCGGGAGAGGCAGCUGUGGCGGGGGCCGAGGAGGGACAUUUUAAAAGGGCCGGAGAUUGCGGGCGUCAGUGGCCAUGGCGGAUACAGCGACUACAGCAUCGGCGGCGGCGGCUAGUGCCGCUAGCGCCUCGAGCGAUGCACCUCCUUUCCAACUGGGCAAACCCCGCUUCCAGCAGACGUCCUUCUAUGGCCGCUUCAGGCACUUCUUGGAUAUCAUCGACCCUCGCACACUCUUUGUCACUGAGAGACGUCUCAGAGAGGCUGUGCAGCUGCUGGAGGACUAUAAGCAUGGGACCCUGCGCCCGGGGGUCACCAAUGAACAGCUCUGGAGUGCACAGAAAAUCAAGCAGGCUAUUCUACAUCCGGACACCAAUGAGAAGAUCUUCAUGCCAUUUAGAAUGUCAGGUUAUAUUCCUUUUGGGACGCCAAUUGUAGUCGGUCUUCUCUUGCCCAACCAGACACUGGCAUCCACUGUCUUCUGGCAGUGGCUGAACCAGAGCCACAAUGCCUGUGUCAACUAUGCAAACCGCAAUGCGACCAAGCCUUCACCUGCAUCCAAGUUCAUCCAGGGCUACCUGGGAGCUGUCAUCAGCGCCGUCUCCAUUGCUGUGGGCCUUAAUGUCCUGGUUCAGAAAGCCAACAAGUUCACCCCAGCCACCCGCCUUCUCAUCCAGAGGUUUGUGCCGUUCCCUGCUGUAGCCAGUGCCAAUAUCUGCAAUGUGGUCCUGAUGCGGUACGGGGAGCUGGAGGAAGGGAUUGAUGUCCUGGACAGCGAUGGCAACCUCGUGGGCUCCUCCAAGAUCGCAGCCCGACACGCCCUGCUGGAGACGGCGCUGACGCGAGUGGUCCUGCCUAUGCCCAUCCUGGUGCUACCCCCGAUCGUCAUGUCCAUGCUGGAGAAGACGGCUCUCCUGCAGGCACGCCCCCGGCUGCUCCUCCCUGUGCAAAGCCUCGUGUGCCUGGCAGCCUUCGGCCUGGCCCUGCCGCUGGCCAUCAGCCUCUUCCCGCAAAUGUCAGAGGAGGAAGAAAAACCAUCAAGAAGGGGAAGAAGCAGCCAAGGGCACAGGGAGAACCCAGAUGGAGUAACUUCAUGGAAGCUGAGGACUUGGGCAAUUCAAAGAGGAGGGGCUGUCUCCAGAGUGGGUGAGUGCAGAGAGGACUAGGAGUGAGGAGACUUAGGUGGCAUAGCUAGACAUGGCAGUCUAGGAGGCAACAUGGUAAUUCACUUUCUUCUUUGUUCAGAUGAUUGAGCUCAAAGACGGGGAACUGUGGGAGAAUAGCAAAGAAACUGUGAGAUGGAGGUUGGGGGGCUUGGAGAGAGGGCAGUGAUGGGGAAGGAAUGCCCAGAGCCCAAGGCGGGAAGGCAUGGCCUCUAUGGAGUCCCUGGGUCCAGUGAGUAGAGGGGGCUACCUGGCUGUGGUGGAGAAAUGGGGGCCUGGAUCCUGAGAAUUCUCCAAGGUAGGUACCAAUAUUCCUUGUUUACCAAUGAGGAAACUGAGGCACAUUAAGGUUAAGUACGUUGUCCAAGAUCCAAAGUUGUUGACGAUGGCGCAGGCUUUGUACCCAGGCAGAAGAAUUCUGUGACCCUCUCCAGCCCACCCACACCUCACUAUAGAAAGAGGAGGCCCACUUCUGGGCUCCAAAUUGCUUGCUACUAAUUUAUCAGCAGGAACAUCCCAGUGCCCUCACCCAGCCCUCCUCCCCUCCACAGGAAAUCUGUGUUUUCACAGGGACCUUUUGGAAUCAGUGUUUAUGUCUUUUCCAACCCAGAGCUGAGGAAGGGGCUGGGCAGUGGAGGGGCUAGAGGGAGGCUAAAGGGCCAACAAGUAGGGCAGGGAACCUCCUGUUGUGAGAACUGGGGAACAGGUCCUGGGCUCCCUUCUGGACCCCAGUCCUCUUGCCCAUGCAGGGAGUACAGGGUCUGCCCUGGCGGAUCUGGUGGAUCUGGAAGUUACUGCUGUAGGCCUGCCCCACCAGCCUGUCCCCAAACAUGGAUGGGCCCAUCACACCCAGAAUCUGCUCUCUGCCCCAUGGAGCCUGGGCACUUUCCCAUUUUUCUUGUUACCAGGAUGGCCACGUAGGACCCCUGUGGUCUCAGUGAAUCUCCCUGCUGGUGGUGGAGACAAAACUCAAUAAACAAGAACUGUCAGGUGACAGCACAGGUCAUGAUGGACCUAAAGCAGAGGCUGUGCGGCAGCUUGCCGGGGCCGCUAUAGGUGGGGCUGGUGCUGGGUGCCUCCCUUGUGGUAGGGCCAGAUUGUGGUGGCCUUUCUGGCCUUGCCCCCUUUGGUGAUUUGGGCUCUGGAUUCCAGGCAAAUGGGGUCCUCUGUGUCCUCCCCACCGCAACACAGACAUACACUGGGGCCUCAGGUUCCCUGAGGGAGAUGUGCAGGGUCCAGUGUCCAGGAACACGGGCUUGGCUACCACAAGAGGCUGUAUUGGGUGGUGGCAAAUGUCCCUCUAACUCUGACAGCCGGUGUUCCCUACCUGGGAGCACUUCCAAUCCUGUUUAAUGAACCUCAUGUCUCUCUGGAGCAAGAAGCAGUACCUUGGCCAAGGCCCCUCCCCACAUCCCUGCCUCUGUUUCUGCUUCAAUCUUUCUUUGUGCCUCUUUCUCCCUUCCUUGAUUCCUCUCAGGCUCUCCCCCACCCCAGUCCCCUCUCUUUUCCUCACUCUUCCCCUGGGAGCUCGGGGGCUGGGGAACGGGGCUGCGCGUACAAGCCGGAGCCAUUGUUCAACAAUCUGUUUUUGUCUUCAUCUUGUUGGCAGGCGGCAGGAGAGGAGCAAAAGGUUAAUGAGGCACUGUGCAGCGGGAUUACUGCGUGAACGGGCGGGCGGCGGGCGGGCGAGCCAGCCGUGGUGACAGGGAACUAAUUAGGAGCAGUUUAACAGGAGGAAAAAGUGAAAUCUCCUCUUCACCAACUGUCAAUAAUUAGCUGAUUUGGUGAGGUUGAAAUGUGUCCACAGAAGGUGGGGCUUGUCUGUGGAUGAGUGAGGUACGGGGAGCAGGGGGCAGCCGGGAGCUCGAACCCAUCCCUAGGUGAUGUUGGGGUGGAGGGGCCGUCCCGUGGCCCCAAGGCCUGCCCUCUGCCCCUCUGGCUGGCAUCCCUCUACCUCAGCUCUCCAUAUGACCUUGGGUCUUAACCUCAAAGACCUCAGUUUCCCCAGCUGGAAGAUGAGGUGUUGGAACUAAGUUUCUUCCUGUAAGAACCAAGUUUCUCCCAGUAAGAUUAGGGAAGUGAAAACUCAAGACAGGGCCCUGGUGCGAGACAGUGGACUGAGUGAGUCCACUUGAGUUAUUACAUGCUGCUCCUCAGGUGCCCGGCCUGCAGCAAGGGUGUGCCCUCUGGGAGCCACCCUCUGGGUCUGGGCAUGGCAAGUGGGCAGGGCCUUAGCCUUCCUGGGAACGUGUCUUAUGGCCCCUAGACCCUCACUGGCUCCUUUGUCCUCCCUGCAGCUGUGGGGGCUGGGGUGGGGAUGAGAGAUUGGGCAGUGUGCUUUCUGGCUGGGGCUGCGGGCAGGGGAGAGGGCCCUGGGGCGCCCUUGUAGGGGAUGGCGGCUAUGAGCGUGUGUCUCUUCCCUGCCUCAGCUGUUGCAGGGGCCCCUGGGGGCAGGAGUGAGGUUCACUGGCCAGGAGGCUUGUUUCCUGUGGGCCUGUUCCCUCCUGGCUGUCUUGUUGGUUUGUUGGCAUCUGCCCUCUGCCUUCCCUGAAGCCUCAGCAGAGAACUGACCUCCCCCGGUACCCCCACCACCUGUUCCUGCCCCUUCUAGCUUUUGCCAAGCACCUCAACUAGAAGAAAAGACAGCCUAAGAGUCUCCCAGGGCCAGGGCUUCCUGCUCUGAGCCUCCCAUGUCAGCCCUGGGAACUCCCCAUGUCCCUCCCUCUCAGCUGAGCCCCUACUCACCUCAGCUCUAGAGGGUUCUGGGGAUUAGAAGCCAUGUUCUGAGGAAGUCUAAAGCCUUCCCCCCAUGUCCUCAGCCCCAGUUAUUAGCCUUGUCUCGUCCUGGCCUCAGAGGGUGGCUCUUACAGGCCACACCCGUGUGGUGGAUGAGGCAGGAAGGCCAACCUCAGCCACCCCAUACUCCUUCCUGCCUCCCCACUUACAGCUUUCAGGGUUAAGAAACAGAGAGGCAUACCCUCCCUGUAUGGGCAAAAAUGUGGGUACCCUCAGUGGGUACCAGAACCUCCACUAUCUCUACCCUCUUACCAGCCCUGAUGAAAAUGGUGGUUUUGAUGAAUCAGCCUGGCUAAACGGCUGUGAGCCACCAGAAGCAAAGUCCCCCCAGCUUAUCUUUCUUUGAGAAAGUAUUUGGACCCCCAACCAAGAAUGGAGAAGAGCUGGGAAUAAGCUGGAAUGUGAGUCCACAUUCAAGCUGGUCUAGAAAUGGCUCCUCCUCCAGGAAGUCCUCCCUGAUCUUCCCCACUAACAUCUGUCUCACCUCACCUGUGUAGGCUCUGGUGGUGUGUUUUCUGUGUUCCAUCUUCCCCCUUAGGACAGUAGACCUUUCUCCCUUCCAUGACACAAGGUGUCCCUGUGGCUGAGAACUGGUGCCCUUUAUCAACACCUAGUACAGAGCGUGGCUCAUCUGGGUUCACCUUAACUUUGUUGGUCCCUGCUUCUCCCACUCUUCCAGGGUUGAUGCGAGGCCAGAGACAAUGUCUAGGGUACAUUGCAUCCCUCCUGAGUCUACAGCAGCAUUCAGUGUCUCCCAGAGCAGGGGCCUCCUUCCCUCCAGUCUCAAAUCCAUCUCCAACUUUGCUUGGAGAUGUUUGUUUGGGGUUUUUCUCGUUUACUGGUUUAAUCAGUCCCUACUGAACUCUAAAGUGGGCUAUUUUUGCCGUCAGAAAUCUGCUGCCUCCCCGCCCGCUGCUUUCUUGGAGUUUGCCCACAGGACCCCCCAGGAGGGAUGGAUGGGAAUGGCAAAGACGCUCAGAGCCCAGGAACGCCAACGCCACCUGUCAUUUUGCCUGUUCCCCACACCCCCACCCCAAACCUGCGCGUGCACACAGGCUCACACACAUACACGUGCACGCAAGAACAUGUACACAUGCCCGGGUGGCAGGCCUCGGCAGGGCUGCCUGACAGCCUUUCCCCCACAGUUCUUCUUUCCAGGACCUUCCAGGACACCUAGCUGAAUCCAGGAUAGGGAGGGAGAAGGCUUGGUUGUGCAGAGCUUCCAUUAAAGGCAUUAAUACAUGCAAAGUGGAACAUGCCUGGCCUGCAGCAAGGCUCAGCCCUGUGAGCUGAGUGAGCGGGGCUGGGGCUGAGUGUGGGGACCCUGGGUCCUGUCCUCUUUACACAGCAUCACGCAGGUUUUCUAAGCCUCCAAAGGGCCAUCCUAUCCAUUUUGUGAUAUAAUCCUCAUCCUGGCACCAGGAGAUCUUAGAAAAUCUUCGCAGCAUACAUGUGGGGAAACUGAGGCCUCAAAGCUUAGAAGAUAGAGGACAGAGAAUGAUUCUGAGAUUGGUCCACCAGAGGGCACCCAGGAAUGGUGCAAAGCUCCAAAAUGGUAGGGGGCGGGGUGUGGUCUGAGCACUUGCUGGGAACACAUAGCACAGGGGAGCUGGAAAAGUCUAAGACAGGAUUCUUGCCCACGAGGCACUUCAGUGUCACUUAACUCAGCUGUUACUGAGGACCUACUGUGCACAAGGCACAGGGAUACCAAGCUGCCUGGAGCAGCUCACAGUGGGGUGGGGCAGGGGACUACUGUAGUCACCCCUGUUUAGAGUGCAAAUGAGCCUGUGCCUGGGGAUGGGAUGGAGAUAAAAGCAUGUGCUGGGGACACAGAGGCAGCAGCAAUGGAUUUGGUCUAAGAAUAUCAAGGGAGGCUUCCUGGAGGAGGCAGCCUUAGAGGGUCAGGAUAUAGCCUGGACUUAGGACUCAAAGCGUAUACUUAGAAUGUACAGAAAAUGGACAGCAGUUGAUGGGUGAAGAAGCUGGAAAAAGUCCCAGAAGGCCUGGAGUGUCCAGCUGAGGGUUCUUUCACUGAGAAGGUAGUGGGAGCCCAGAGCCAGCACCAGAGGCCUAACUCAGGGGUCCAGGGGUCUAGGCUUAGGCCUCAACUGCUCCCCAGCCCCAGCCUAAUGCCUCUGCUCUCCAAAGACACUCAAGAUAGCUCUCCCAAAGGUGGGGCCUGGAUAUGUGUGUGUUGGAACAGGACACGAGGCUGCCCAGCCCUGGUGAGAAAGGAUGGGAUGUUGUGCCCAGUGGACAAAGCGGUCCCAGGCCUGGCAGAGGCCUCAGGCACACAGGGUCAGCCAGGUGCCUGCUUGGGCUUUGGGCCCUGCGUCAAUGUCGCCACCUUCUGCAGACCCUCAGAAGCCCAGACCUCUGCCCAGGAGCAGGUGAUGGCUUUGAGCUAUGUCACAGGGUCACACCGAACACCCCCCCCCCCCCAGCCCCAUGCCUUUGAAAAGGAGGCAGAAAAGCCAUCAGAAGAAAGGCCAGCAGGAGGAAGUUCUUUGUAGUAGGUAAAAGCCCCCAAGAAUGGGGCACAGGCAGGGGAUCCAGUUUCCUGUUUAUGUCUCCGCACCUUAGCUCCAGGUUCAAAUAUGUAAACUAUCUGCUGGCCUGGCUGCAGGUGUGUGUGUGCUCCCAGGCUGUAGAGGCAGAGGUGGCCCCACCAAAUGCAUUCCUGACUCUAGCCCCCCACCCACAGUGAGGCAGGAGACAGAGACAAAUAGCUCAAGGUUAACCCUUCCCACGCCACAAGGGAAGGUGCUUGGCUGUUCUAGCUGGGCCUUAGGGUGCCCGGGAGGCUGGGGAGAUGCUGGAUAGGAUGCUCCAUGUCUGGGGAUAUCUCCUGGAGGGGCAGCAAGGUCUGAGUGGGGUUGGGAGGAUGGGGUGGCACUCUGAUACGGAGAGGGGCACAUCCUGAGGAGGCUGGCUGGGAGCUGGUGUGCAGGUUCUGCCUAGGAGUCAGGGAGCACUAGCAGGGCAGCACUGCUUCCUUCAUGGCAGGGCAGGGUGAUCCUGGCAGCCCACUUCUGUGGCGGGGGCGACCAUCAGCCAGUGCUCCAUGGUCCCUGCAGCCCCUGCCCUCCAGGGCUUUGGCUUUCCAUCCCAGACACCCCCUCCCUCGGGAGCCCCUGUUGACUGGCUCCUGGGUGCCCGGGGAGGAGCCUACCAGAUGGAAGAGAUGACAGGCCCAUGGAUUCCAGCCCGCCCCGAGCUGGCUGCCUGGGCCUGGUCCACCCCUUCUCCCUAUGGCCACUCCUUGUCCUCUCUCUUCAUCCCCUUAUCCCCAGAGAAGGCCCUCAGAGCCAGUUUGUGGUCACAGCCAAGUCCCUGCCCCUCGACCCACUGCCCUGGGGCUCUGGCCUUCUGCGGGGUGGAAUUGGUCGGGCAGCAGGAAGAGAUGCUCUAUUGCCUUUGCUCAGACCUGAGUCACUUUCACUUAUCCAUGGGUCCAGAGGCCACUGCCAGGCAAGGCCCUGGAUGUGGUUCCCUUGGAGAAAACUUGGCCCCACACUUACCUCAGAGAGGUGGUCUUCAAGGGAGAUGCUUAGUUUUUGGUGGACAGGGGAGGAAACAUCACGUAUAGGUGAGCAGGCAACGCAGGGGUUCCUGCCCCAGCCUCCCCUAGCCAAGCCCAGCAGGGAGGACCCCAGUGGUCCCAAUACCCAUGAGACCUAGAGAUGGUGGCCACUGACCCAACACCUGGCCAUGGCCAGAGAGCUGGAGGGGUCCUAACAAAUGACCAGUUAAGUUGGCCUGGGAUAGAGUGAGAGGCUAUGAACCAGGAUCAGCAUGAGGUGGGGGUCGGACAGUGUGGACCCCAGGCAGUCACUGAAAUCCAGUUGCCAAGACCAAAGCCUCUCAGCCCUCACUGGGACAACUCUCAGAAAACUCUCUCUGACGCUCAUAGCUGCUCAGUGUUUGUGGCACCCUCUGUCAUUACGUCCGCUCCUCGGGCUGGUCCCCCAAGGCCACCAUCACAGGCUUGUUCCCUCCACUUGCCCUUCAAAUGUGCCUGUUCCCCAGGCCUUGGCACCCACCCCUCCAUCUGCUUCCCUGGGCGAGCUCCUCCACUCUGAAGGAUCUGGCUAUGCUCACACAUCCCGGGCGCUUUCUCCUGCCCAGAGCUCCAGAGCCCUGGACCCAUCUGCUUCCCAGGCCUGUCCACUUGGGGAACCCACUGGCACCCCAGACUCAAUGUGGCCACCCUGAGCCUACCACCCCCAAUCCUGGCCCAUCCCCUGCCAUAUUCCCUCCGAGAAUGGCGUCACCAGCCACCCCAGCUCCUGAGCUAGAAUUAGGAGUCAUCCAACGCACAGUCAUCUUCAACACCUCCCUCUCACCCCCACGUGGAAUUGGUCAUCAACUCCUGUGGAUUUCAUCUUCAGGAAGGCUCCUCCUGUCUGCCCCCACUGGCAGCAUCAUAGGGCAGGACCUGGCACUUCUCUGAUUCCCACAGAUACUCCCCAGGAGGCCUCCCCACCCCCUCCUUACCCCUCCAGUCCAUCCUCCACACCCACCAUCCCAAGAGAGACCUUUCUAAGACAGUCUAAGGCCAGGCACGGUGGCUCAUGCCUGUAAUCCCAACACUUUGGAAGGUGGAGGAUCACUUGAGGCCAAGAGUUCAAGAUCAGCCUGGACAACAUAGCGAGACCCUGUCUCUGUAAAAAUUUUUUAAAUAAUUUAAAAAUUAGCCAGGCAUGGUGGCAUGUGCCUGUAGUCCUAGCUACUCAGGAGGCUGAGGCAAGAGUUUGAGGCUGCAGUGAGCUGCAGUCACACUACUGCACUCCAGCCUGGGUGACAGAGCGAGAUCCUAUCCCAAGAAAAAAAUAAAAACAGAGUCUGGGUUAUGGUCCACUCCUGCUCAAAGUCCUUCUGUGGCUCCCUAUUGCCCUCAGGUAAAAUGCUGACACCUUCAUGUAGCCUACAAGAUUCUGCCUGUCCCAGCCACACCUCCAUUUCCUGCCACAUUUCCAAGUCCAACAUUGCCCCGCCUCCCGGAAACAGGCCGUGCUAGCCAGCUAAUACUUUUUUCUUCACCCAGCAAGCUUGGCCUGCCCUUUCUGAUCAAAAUCCUCCAUUCUCUUCCUGGCUCACCACCUCUGAGAAGUCUUCAUUCCUUGUUCCCUUAUCAAUACAUUGGAACUCCCAACCCCUCCCCAGUUGCCAUGGCACUCUGCUUGUCUCUCUGGACUCCAUCUGCAUUCACCAGCCAACUCCUCUCUAGACUUUAAGCUUCUAGAGGGCAUGAGUUGGUCUUGUCCCCCUCUGUGUGCCCAGCCUGGGUGUCUGGAGUUGGUGACCAUCAACAUCUGCUGACAGGAGGGUGGAUUGACUUGAGAGAGGAAGCCUAGGAUGUCAGCUCUGUCCUGGGGCCCCUGCUCCUGAUCCCUCAGCCACCUCCCCCAGGAGCCUUUCCCACUGCCUGCAUCUCCCCCUGCUCCUACCUGCUGCCCUCUGUGUGGCGGGGAGCCCAUGGGAGACGGGGUGCCAGGAGGAGGAGGCCUCGGUCUCCCCCGGGCCAGCAUGCUCUAGGGAGUGGGCACAGUGGGCCGUGGCCCUGGGCUGUGGUCCUGCAUGGUGGUGCUGAGCAGCCUCUCUGAUUUUAAUGUGGGCCUCAGUGCUUCAGUGAAAGCCGGCAUGGGAAGUUGCUAAUAAUGGCACUAAAAUAAAAUAUGCUACAUCUGUUAUGGGUAGCAGAACAAAAUUAGCUGCUCACACCUCUGACAUCCAAGAUGUCUUAACUUAAAAUACUCCUUGGCUUACUUUACAUCAUUUACUGAUUAUAUUUAAAAGAAAUACAAUUUUGCAAUUACUGUUCUUUCCAGCGUGAUAUCUAUGCAUCAUUUUCCUUUUAUGUUUAUAUAUUUCUCCUUCAUUAGUGCAGUCUGAAGGGUGAUUAGGAUUCUUCAAACAUUUUACAGAGGUUAAACGUUGAUUAAGAUUUAAUUAUUACUGUAAAUAGCUUGGAAUGACAUAUGGUGCAAAAGCCUGACAUAUGUGCAUUUGAAUAAAUGAAGUGCUAUUUCCCAGGAUGCCUCAGUAGCUGUUUAACAGCUUUCCCGAAGGGUUAUGUUACACCUCAUGGUAAGAUUGCUGGGAUGUUAUAUUUUGUUGGUUUUUGCAGCUGAAAGCUAAGAACAGUUUUCCAGUUUUUUAAAAACAUUGAAUAUUUUAAAUACCUAAAUUGUUUUGCACAAAUUUUUGCUAAUUUGUCUAACUAGGUUAAACAUUUUCAAAAGCAUUUAGAUUUUUAAGCGUGGGCGCUGUGCAUUGUGUCAGUGGCAGCGUGGGGACGA